ACAACUUGCGGUACUAGUCUUGCAUUUAUUCAACAGUUCAGAAGCACUUCACUCAUGGCAGCCAUGGCUCAUGCUCAGUGUAAGCCGCAACUUUGCUUAUUUCAACUCGCUGGUCCGUCCGCAAAAUUAAAGUCACAAUUAUCAGUCGCCUCCUUGCUGACGCGGCACCACGACCCAGUCAACAACCCCAAUGCACGUGUCAGGCUCAUAUUUAAAUUAGCGGUCUUUUUAGGACAGUCCGCUAGUUUUAAAAUGAGAUUGAUUGAUCAACAUACAUAACAAUAUUUUAGUGUACAUGUGAGUGCUAAUACACUCCAUUCCGUGGAUUUGAGACAUGGGGUCAUGGUAACUUUAACGGUCUCGAUCACUGGUUUAGUUUUUCGUCGACAUCCUGCCUUUUCUUCUCUAUGCGGCCUUAGUCUUGAUCAAUUUUUCGACGAUGUUCUCCACGCAUUAUUCCUUCUGUUUGCUCUCCAUACAGCCUCAAUCCCGAUCAUCACGAUUUUUCGUCAUAUUCUUCCUUGCGCUUCCUUCCCCAUACAGCCCCACAGCUCCAGUCCCGAUCUUACAGUUUUGCUGUCGAUUGCUCCACAUAUUCUUUUUUGCAUUUCCUUCCCCAGACAGCCCCAGACCAAUAAAUACAGUUUUUCGCCGAUUCCUCCACACACACAUCCAUCUUCCCUUUUCCUUAUUUUCAUUCUCCAUGCCACUCUAGUCCCGAUCAGCACAGUCUUUCGCCGACGUUCUCCAUAUGUUUUUCCUUCCAUUCCUAUUCCCUUUCCCAUACCGCUUCAACCGAUCAUUUCUUUGUUGACGCAGCGACGUUUUCCAACGUUCUCCACAUGUCCAUCCUCCCCUUUCCUUCCCCAUACGGUCUUAACCCUUAACUCCGCACCCAACCUCCACUUCGCUGAUCGCCGACGAUGCCACGACGAUACCAACACUCACUACCCACUUGUAGGCGCCUGCAUGUACAUCUGAUCUCCACUUUCAAGGGUGCUGACUGAUCAGAGGUUGGAACAACAAACCAGAAGUGGAACGUUUCCUGAUCGGGUGUACUAAUCUCAG